ACAGCUAACAUGAAUCAGAUUACAUCUCUCCUCAGAGGAGAAAAAGAUUAUUAUAGACGGAGGUACCAAUCAUGUCCCUCACAAGUUGCAAUAAACCUGUACUAUAAUACACAUAAGUCGUACGACUCUCUGCAAUUCUUCAGCUGCUGAUGACAAAAGCAUUGGCCUUCUUUAUAGGAGGUGCUUCAGUGCUUGUGUCUUUAGUGUGUGUGAAGAAAAAGAUUUGCUUUCUGGGCCCUUUAGAUUUGCUUUCCUGAACAGAGCUUUUUGAGUUCUUGGUAUCGCAGGUGAAAGGUCCAAUUUUGAUUUGUACUUCAUCGGUUUCAUGAGGAGUUGAUUCCAUUGAUGAGUUGGGGUUUUAGGAUAGCCCUAGAAAAUUUUGGUUUUUGCUUAGGUGACGGGUUAGAGAAACGUGUUUGGUUGUUACUGAGCUGUAGAGAAUUGAGUACGGAUAAUUAAUAGUUGUUAGGCCGGCUGGCGAUGUUAAGAGUGUAAGUUUGAGGUAGUCUACGCAGAAUUUAAUUUGUGAAGUGGAUUUUGUUGCGUUGUUUGAUCUGAAAGUGUGUUGGAGCAAAUCAUGGAAGGCAAUUUAUCGUCGGGAAGUACUAUGCAGGGGAAUGCUUCUUAUGGAGGUUUUGAUUUGCAAGGGCCGAUGAGAGUUUUUCAUCAUCAUCAUCAUAUGCAUAACUCUCAUCCUAGACAAGGAUCAUCAGUGGCCCAUCAUAUGAUUCAAGAGAAUUUCCCGCUUACAAUGGGGAAUGCUCAAGAUUGUGACCAGCUGGUUUCGUUGGCAGAAUACAAUAAACUUGACAGGGGGAAAUCUGCGAGUGAUGAGGAUGAACCUAGCUUCAUGGAAGAUGCUGGUGAUGGUCGCAAUGAUUCGAGCAAAGGAAAGAAGGCUUCCCCAUGGCAGCGUGUAAAAUGGACUGACACGAUGGUUAGGCUGUUAAUCACGGCUGUUUCUUAUAUUAGUGAGGAGGCAGCUACCGAAUAUAUGGGGGGUAUGAGGAGGAGAUUACUGAAUUUACAGAAGAAGGGAAAGUGGAAGUCAGUUUCAAAAGUCAUGGCUGAAAGGGGUCAUUUUGUUUCACCUCAGCAGUGUGAGGAUAAAUUCAACGACCUCAACAAAAGGUACAAGAGGCUUAAUGAGAUCCUUGGAAGAGGAACUUCUUGUGAAGUGGUUGAGAAUCCAGCACUUCUGGACGUGAUGGAUCACAUCUCUGAGAAAGCCAAAGAGGAAGUUCGAAAAAUUCUCAGCUCAAAGCAUUUGCACUAUGAAGAGAUGUGUUCUUACCAUAAUGGCAACAGGUUGCAUCUGCCUCCUGAUCCUGAACUGCAGCGUUCUCUACGAAUAGCUCUUAUGCCUAGAGAAGAUCAUGAUGACAGUGAUAUGAAGAGGCAUCUGCAUGAUGACAACGAUGAUGCUGAACAAGAAGCUGAAUAUGAUGAUCAUGAUGGAUCUGAGGAGAAUCAAGCCAUAGAUCACAGAGCAUACGGGUUGCCAGGGAGCUCCAUGAAGAGGGCAAAGCAAUGUCAGAGUCGUGAAGAUUUUAAUUUCGGAAGUCCAUCACUAGAUUGCAACCGAGCUUUUAAUUUUCAGUCAGAAAAUGCCAGUGGUGAUGGGAAUCUAGUCCCACCUGAAGGUACCAAAACAAAUAUGCUACAGAAGCAGUGGGCAAAUCAGAAGAAUCUUCAGUUAGAAGAACGGAGGUUACAUAUACAAGCAGAAAAACUGGAGCUGGACAAAGAGCGAUUCAAAUGGGAGAGAUUUUGCCGGAAAAAGGACAGGGAACUAGAGAUGAUGAAAAUGGAAAUUGAGAGAAUGAAAUUAGAGAACGAACGUAUGGCAUUGGAGCUAAGACAAAAAGAAAUAGGCAUGGACAACAAUUAAUUUGCCUUGGUCAGCAAAGCCUUCUAACCAUCGAGAACCCAAAGAUGUAUCUGCCGGUUUCUUCUGUUUAUUGGUUUAGGAUUUAGCAUAUUAGCAUGCUUGUUCCGACGGAGAUCCCCAAGCUACAGGGUUGUGCAUUGUAUAAGUUUUCACUGUACUUCAAUGCACAUACUAGUAAUAUUUAUGCUCUCCUCGGAACAUCUUUUUAAGGGAUUUCUGUUAACCUAUCCUCGCAAAAAUUUAUGAUUUAUAGAAGGCUUUAGUUUUGCGUA